UCAUUCUUCUCUCAAUAGGACAUGUCAUGGACACACAGGAUGCCAGCACUGGCACCAGUAUGUCAGCCUUUCUCAAACAAAGUCAAAUCAUUGGGGUAAACCAGUAUCAUUCUGUGGCCCUUUCAUACUGUUUACAGGAACUGCAAUAAACAUUGCCUGUUAGGCAACAAGUCAUGGAGCCUCCUUCUGAAAUUAAAUGAAUAACAGACUGGCUUUUGACUAAAUGGAAACCAGGGAAGAAGGGCUUUGUGGUAUUCAAAGUACCUCCUAUAUGUUCCUAGCCAGGUGUAGGAAAAAAACCAAAGAAGCCAAGAGAUAAAAGUUUUUUUGUGAUUUAAUCAACAGGUUCCCUUCAAUUCAGAGAUGCCAGGCAUGUUUUCCUGGCUUUUGUCUUGUUUUCUUGGCCAUUACUGAUAAAAAAAAUCACCUAAUUGUGGACUGGGUCCCAGAACAUAAUCAUAGGUCUCAUAGAGUCUUGCUAUUUAUUGUCUUUAUGAAAGUUUACCUCUGAUGGAUAGGUCAGUCUGUCUCAACAUUAAUAGCUAAACAACCCAAGUGGCAAGUGUUACUCAUCUCAGUUGAUACUUUUAAGAUGUUGAGGGAUCACAGAAUGUUUUAAAAAAAUUUUUUUGGUUUUUUGAGUCUUGCUAUGUAGCCCAGGCUGGCCUUGAAUGCCUGAUCCUUUUCCUUCAACCUCCUGAGUGAUCGGAUUAUACAUGUGUACCAACACACCUGGUUUAGAAAUUAAUAUUUUCUAGAUACUUCAGUAUUUUCACAAAUGGCUACAAGUACCCAGCUCAAACAGUAAGGGAGAGCAGCGUCAAGACUCAUCUCUGGGCACAUUUGCUUUUUGCCCUCACCUGGCUGUGAACUAUGGAUAACCAAACAUCAUUGAAACCCCUUUUGUGUGUUCCACAUAAUGUGGGCUCCACAGUAGCUUCCUGCUUUUAGUUCCCUGUCCACCUGAUACACAGAAGAAAGCUGGCUAAACUCCAGUUUGGCAGUGCCCCUUUCCUAGUGCAAGGGGGAGUCAGGUGUAUUUCAUUUUUAUUUUACUUUGUUAUAGUUGUCAUGUAACUUUUGCUAUAUUUAUAGUAUGCAGCAUGCUCUUUUAUUUAUUUUUUAUCCAAAAUGUGUUUAUUAGUAUGGUUUCCCGCUCAUCUUGAUUCAGGGUACUUUUAAUACUGCUUCUUUCUGAAGGACUAUUCUUUUGUGAGCCUUGCUUUGUAGAAUGCAGCUGUGAACACAUUGGUUCCUGAGAUUUUCCUUGAUGGGAUGGGAGAUAGUCUCCUUAAGUUGUAAUUUGUUUUUGUGGUUAUCUACUUUUUUUUUCUUCUUUUUUAUUUUUGUUUUGUCAGUACUUUGGUGUUUGAACUCAGGACCUCAGGCUCGAUCUGCAGGAAUCUAAAUAAUCCUGCUUAAAGAGGAAUGAGUAUUGUCAUUAUCCACUUAGAUUCGUAAACUGCCCUGAAGGGUCCUUGGCAUCACAGAAGAGCGGGAUCACACAUUUCAUCAUAAGACUACAGAAUGGACAGUAGUAGUCCCUUGCAUGAAGAUGUUCUUUCUGGGGACCUACUCUUCAGUCAAAAAGAAGAGACAGAGGCUGACAGUGCGGUGACUGACUGUCUGAGUAAUUAUCAGGAUUUGGUGACCUUUGAGGAUAUGGCUGUGGACUUCACCCAGGAGGAGUGGACUUCAAAGAGCUCAGCUCAGAGAAACAUACAUAAUGAUGUGAUGGUGAAGAACUACAAGAACCUGGCCACAGUAGGAUGUCAGACACUCAUCAAACCCAGUGCUAUGUCUUGCUUGAAAGAAGAAGAAGAGAUGAUCGUGCAGAGCGGAGUUCUCCCAGAAUUGGAAAGGCAACUGCAAACCAAAGAUUCAGUACUUCAGCAGAAUUUUUUUACCAGGCAUACCUCUAGUACACAAAGGGACUCAGUGACUUUUGAGGAUGUGGCUGUAGACUUUACGCAGGAGGAGUGGACUUCCUUGGACCCAACUCAGAGAAACCUUUACAAAGAUGUAAUGCUGGAGAACUACCAGAACCUGGCCACAGUAGGAGGUCAGCUGUUCAAACCCAGUGUUAUCUCUUGGUUGGAGGAAAAAGUAGAGUUAACAGUAAUGGAGCGAGGCAUUCUCAAGGUGAAAUGGGAAAUGCACCUUAAAACCAAAGCAAUAGCACUCGAGCAGGAUAUAUUUUGUUCAGAUGCAUCAAGUGGGAUACAGCUGGCAAAAAGGCACAAUGGAAGGGAGCUCUGUGACUCUAAGCACGUUGGAAAAAUCUUGAGUGAACACUCAAAUAUGCGUAUUCCAAACACAGAGAACACUUCUGAGUGUAAUCAGUAUGAGAAAGACUUCCUUCCGCUGCUCAAGGAAACCUCCAUAGAAGAGAAACUUGCUCUGUCGGGUCCCUUGACUCCAGAUGAUAACCAGAGAGUAUUCACGGAAGACAAAUCCUUUGAAUGCAAGUCAGAGCAGUGUGGUCAAGCUUUUACUCCCCCCACAAGCCGUGAUGGAUGUGUCCAAAUGCCCACUGAGAAAAAAUACUAUGAAUGUAAGAAAUGUGACAAAUUCUUUUCACAUCCUAUCUACCUUAGUAUUCAUAUGCAAAGCCACACUGUGGAGAAACCCUUUGACUGUAAAGAGUGUGGGAAAGCCUUUGCUGAGCGCUCAAGCUUAAUUGUCCAUCUCCGACAACACACUCGGGAAAAGUCCUAUGAGUGCAAGGAAUGUGGGAAAGCCUUCAUUCAACCCUCACGCCUUACUGAACAUAUGAGAAGUCACACAGGAGAAAAGCCCUUUCAAUGUGACCAGUGUGGGAAUGCCUUUGCUUCUUCUUCUUACCUUACUACACACUUGAGAACUCACACUGGAGAGAAGCCUUUUGAGUGUAAUGUAUGUGGAAAAGCAUUUACGCGUUCCUCCUACCUUCUCGGUCACAUACGAACUCACACUGGAGAGAAGCCUUAUGAAUGUAAAGUAUGUGGGAAGGCCUUCAGUGGGCGCUCAUGGCUUACUAUACACCUACGAAAGCAUACUGGAGAGAGGCCCUAUCCAUGUACAGAAUGUGAGAAAGCCUUUACCAGCUUCGCUCAACUUACUGAACAUAUAAAAACUCACACUGGCGAGAAGCCCUUUCGAUGUAAGGUAUGUGCAAGGACCUUUAGAAAUUCCUCAUGCCUUAAGACCCAUUUUCGGAUUCACACUGGAAUAAAACCGUACAAAUGUAAUUACUGUGGGAAAGACUUCACUGCACGCUCGGGCCUUACUAAACAUGUACUGAUUCACAAUGGCGAGAAGCCGUAUGAUUGUAAGGAAUGCGGGAAAGCCUUUGGUACAUCCUCAGGUCUUGUGGAACAUAUAAGAAUUCACACAGGAGAGAAGCCCUUUGAAUGUUACCAGUGUGGGAAAGCUUUGGCUCAUUCCUCAUCUCUUGUUGCCCAUUUGAGAACUCACACUGGAGAGAAGCCCUUUGAGUGUAACAUGUGUGAGAAAACAUUUACGCGUUCUUCCUACCUUCGCAUUCAUAUGCGAACUCACACCGGAGAGAAGCCGUAUGAAUGUAAGGAAUGUGGAAAAACGUUUCCUGAGCGCUCUUGCCUUACUAAACACAUAAGAACACAUACUGGGGAGAGGCCCUAUGAAUGUAAGGAGUGUGGGAAAGGCUUUACCAGCUUUGCUCAACUUACAGUACACAUAAAAACUCACAGUAAUGAGAGGCCCUUUCAGUGUAAGGUAUGCACAAAGUCCUUUAGAAAUUCCUCAUCACUUGAGACCCACUUUAGAAUUCACACUGGAGUAAAACCCUAUAAAUGUACUUACUGUGGGAAAGCCUUCACUGCUCGCUCUGGCCUUACUAUCCAUUUGCGAAAUCAUACUGGGGAGAAGUCCUAUGCAUGCCAGGAAUGUGGGAAAGCCUUCACCACUUCCUCAGGCCUUAUUGCACAUAUAAGAAGUCACAAGGGAGAGAAGCCCUUUGAAUGUGACCACUGUGGGAAGGCCUUCGCUUCCUCUUCAUAUCUUAAUGUACAUCUGAAGAUUCACACUGGAGAGAAGCCCUUCCAGUGUACAGUGUGUGGAAAAACAUUUACAUGUUCUUCUUACCUUCCUGUUCACAUGCGAACUCACACUGGAGAGAAGCCCUUUCAGUGUAUGAUAUGUGGAAAGUCAUUUUUGUGGUCCUCUUAUCUUCGAGUUCACAUGCGAAUUCACACUGGAGAGAAGCCCUAUGCAUGUCAGUACUGUGGAAAAGCCUUUACUGAGCACUCAGGCCUUAAUAAGCAUUUACGAAAACACACCGAAGAAAAACCGUAUGACUAUAAGGAAUGUGAGGAAACCUUCACUGGUUCUUCUGAUGUUAAUGAACAUGAAAACUCCCACUGGAGAGAAACCCUUUGAACGUAAGGAAUUCAGAAAGUCUUUUAAGAAGCCCUCUACCCUUUGUUAUC